CUGAUUGGUCUGGCUAUCGGGGCACACGGGGUGAACAUCCAGCAGGCUCGGAAAGUUCCCGGAGUGACGGCCGUUGACCUGGACGAGGAGACGUUUACAUUCAGGAUAUAUGGAGAGUCGGAGGAGGCGGUACGGAAGGCUCGGGGUAUCUGGAGUUUUCAGAGGCCUCAAUGGACGUCCCGAAGGGCUUUGUGGGAAAGGUGAUCGGGAAGAACGGCAGCGUCAUCCAGGAAAUUGUAGAUAAGUCCGGUGUUGUUCGGGUGAGGGUGGAGGCCGAAGCAGACAGGACGGAGGAGUCCAAAGAGGGUAUGGUGCCGUUCAUCUUUGUGGGGACUCAGGACAGCAUCAGCACGGCGUUGGCCCUCCUGGAGUACCAGAUUUCAUAUCUUCAGGUCUGUCUGUCUCUCUCCUUCUAUAACGCAUGGAAU